UUCUGUGAUUCAGAAGAGGAGGCUGCCGAAGGGGAACAGGGGGUAGAGGAGGAGGAGGAGGAGGUGGAGGAGCAGGAGGAGGCGGCAGAGGAAGAGGCCGUGCAGGAAGAGGACACACCUGCUGCAGAGGGGGAGGCCAACGAAGAACAAGAUGGAGAAGAGGAAGCAGAGGAGGGAGAAGAGGAGGCCAAACCAAAAUUCAAGCCAUUUAUCAUGCCCAACCUCAUCCCUCCUAAGAUCCCAGAUGGAGAGAAGGUGGAUUUUGAUGAUAUCCAUCGUAAAAGGAUGGAGAAGGACCUGAUGGAGCUUCAGACUUUGAUUGAGGUUCACUUUGAGAGCAGGAAGAAAGAAGAGGAAGAGCUCAUUAGUCUCAGAGAGAGGAUUGAGAAGCGUCGUUCUGAGCGAGCAGAGCAGCAAAGAAUCCGCAGUGAGAGAGAGAAAGAACGACAGAAGCGGCUUGAGGAUGAGAGAGCUCGUAAGGAGGAGGAGGAGGCUAAGAGGAGAGCAGAGGAUGACGCCAAGAAGAAGAAAACCCUCACCAGCCUCCACUUUGGAGGUUACAUGCAGAAGCUGACUGAAAAACGGAGUGGUAAGAGGCAGACAGAGAGAGAGAAGAAGAAGAAGAUCCUGAGCGAAAGACACAAGCCUCUGGACAUCGAGAACUUGGGCCAGGACAAACUCAAGGAGAAAGCUAAGGAGCUGUGGGAGUGGUUGCAACAGCUGGAGGCAGAGAAGUUUGAACUGCAGUACGAGAUCACCAGACAGAAAUAUGAUAUUAAUGUGCUGAGGAACCGCGUCAGCGACCAUCAGAAAACAUCCAAGAGGACCAAAAGAGGCCUGAGGAAAUAACUGUGGACAAGCUGAGUGAUCAUCAGCCCUGUCCUGCAGCCACUGCCUCAAACCAAGCCCUAGCUUUCCUGCCACACCCCGGUCCCACCUGUUUCACUAAUACCAUCACCUACAGUAACAAUUACAUCCAGUUUUCCAGCUUCAUCUCUCUCUGUUGUUGUCCUCUUAUUCCCAUCCGAUAGAAUCUGUGUUUAUGGGUGCAAAUAAAACCAUUUUAGUUCAA